GCAAUGGUGCACAUAUACAAUUUAAGUUUGAAGUGUAACACUACAACAAAAGCUAAGACCUGUGUCAAUUGCAAUUAGAGUGAACAUGGAAUACCUUGUUUGACAAUAAUUAUUACAGAUGCUUGAACUUGAUUAUUAAUAAGCUAAUAUAAAGAAGAUUGCCUGACAGUCAUAGAAGUAUGGCUUCACGGGACGUGCAGCCACGGGCAAACGAUGUGGACACAUCUAGUGCACAAGCAAGAUCGGCUAAUAAUAUAUUUAAAAAUAGAAAGGUAUUCAACGACCCAGUUCAUGGUCAGAUAGAGAUCCAUCCAGUGUGCAUCAGAAUCAUAGAUACACCACAGUUUCAGCGGCUGAGGCACAUCAAACAACUUGAUACCUGUUACCUGGUUUAUCCAGGUGCCAGCCAUAACAGGUUCGAGCAUUCCAUAGGUGUUUGUCAUCUCGCAGGAAAGUUGUUAAAGACAAUCCGAGAACGGCAACCCGACGAAACGAUAACAGAAAGAGACAUUUUGUGUGUGGAAAUUGCUGGACUAUGUCAUGACCUUGGCCAAGGACCAUUCUCCCAUGUGUUUGAAAAAAGGUUUAUGCGGAGAAUGGGGAAAACAUUCACGCACGAAGGAGCUGCAAGAAAAAUGUUUGAAUAUAUGUUAGACAACAAUAAUGGUGAAGUUAAAAGGGACAUCAAGGAAAUACUUCGUGACUGCAAAAUACCAGGUUUUGACAAAUUUGAAGAAAAAGACUUUACUUUUAUCAAAGAAAUGAUAGAUGAUCCCAAAGAUAUUGAAAGAGGGAGUUGGCCAUACGAAGGUAGAGGCGAGAGCAAGAGUUUUAUGUAUGAGAUUGUAGCAAAUAAAAGAAAUGGAAUAGAUGUCGACAAGUGGGACUACAUAGCGCGUGACAGCUAUAUGCUUGGAAUGAAGGUCAAUUUUGAUCACAAUCGAUGUUUUGCAAGUGCACGUGUUCUUGAGGUCAAUGGAAUGAACGGGAGCAACGGAACAAAUGGACACAAUGGGCCAGAGGGAACCCAAGAUACACAAACAGGAAGCAAUGAAGGAAAUCGGAGCGUUUACCGAAAACAAAUAUGCUACAGAGAGAAAGAAGCGCAGGAUUUAUACGAUAUGUUCUAUACGAGAAUGACUUUACACAGGCGGGCGUAUCAGCACAAGACACAUAAUUUGAUAGGAAUGAUGAUAUGUGAUGCUUUAGAGAAAGUAAACGAAACUUUUCUUAUCAAUGGAAAGAAAUAUCAAUAUAGAAUUUCCGAUACGGUGGACGACAUGGCGGCCUAUACACAGCUCACUGAUAACAUUAUUCAGCUGAUUUUGUAUUCACCAACAAAUGAAGGUCCGGCUGACGAAUCGGGGAUAGUUAGUGCAAGGGAAAUUUUAAGUAAUAUAUUUAACAGAAGACUAUACAAGUGUGUUGAUCAAACCCAAAUCAAAAAAGGUAAGCUGAAUGCAGAAGAUUUCAAAAGUGAGUUUGAUAAAAUCCGUAGAGAUGGAGAAUACUCAGUUCAAGCGGAAUGCAUUGACUGUGAUAUCGUGAAUUUGGAUUACGGAAUGGAAGACAAAGAUCCGAUGGACAAAAUAAGGUUUUUCAAAAAGGAAGACAUAGAUACUCCAAUAAGAUUGAAAAGAAACCAGGUGUCCUACGUACUACCUGACACGUUUUCAGAACAAAUUGUACGCAUAUACUACAAAGAUUCUCAUCCAGAUCCUAAUGAACUUCAAAAAGUCCAAAAAGCAUUCCAGAAAUGGUGUGAAAAGAAAGGCUAUCCUCCACCAAAGGGCGCAAAACUUUGUACGUCACCUGAACAAACACAACAAAGUACUGCAAGUUCUGAAUCAGGUUCAAGGAGAAAUUCUGAAGUGGACCUGGAAAACAAACGCAUAGCUGAACCUGCAAACGUCACAACAUCAAAUGAAGAGACGGAAAAUCAGCCAGAGUCCAUUCCCGCGGAAGGAAUAAUUCUUCGUCCACGUGAAGAUGCGGCCUCUGAUGCAAACGUCGGAAACAUUAAAUGAAGAGACGGAACAUCAGCCAGUGUCCUAUCACUGAUGUUAUUCUCACAAUAUACAUAUUACCAACAUGUUAUAUAUAUAAAUUUACUGUAUCAUUAUAAAGGCUGUGAUAGUUUUCAGUUUAUCAUUAACAAGGAAACAUAUUUAUUAUUGCUGUUUUGCUGUGUUUUAUUAAAUAUAUCCAUUUUGAUUGUUAUUUCAAAGUUAUAAAAGACUACAGCUCAUGAAGUGUUGAAUUUUCCGAAUAAUUUAUCAGAAUUUGGGAACGUUUACAGCUGUUUAAUUAAGUUGGCCCCACUGAAUCAAAACGGGUACACUAGAUGUUGUAGUGAGAGAGGUUAUGGCCUCGACUGUUCUGAGGUACAGUGUUUUUUCUUUCUUUCAUAUUGUUAAAAUUGUCUAGUGUUAUGCACUCUCGAAAUAAACGGAAAAAAAUUCUUCACCUACUAAUGGCAAAAUUUGAAUAGCAAAAUGUUCUAAUGUCGCCUCAUCUUUCAUGGAUAAUGUUCAUUGAAAUACACGUUGUAACAUGGUUACCAGUAAGAGUGAAAUAAACGUUCUGAUUUCAGGUCUGUUUUGCCUUCAUAGUCAAAAGAUUUAUAGGAUUGAAUGCAGCUGAUGUGUAUAGCUCCAUCGAAGGAAAUAUUUUGGAUCGUGAAUACUAAAUAACAGACAAGCAAUCAAAUCAAUUUAUUCUCAUUCAUAUCUUUUUUUUUAUCCGGUACAUAGAAAAUAACAUUUGUUAAUCCCCGAUUUUAUUAUCUUAUAAUAUAGUAAACUUUCAAGAAUAAGUAGGUCUUACCGUUGAUAGACAUAUAUCAUUCAUAUUUAAGAAGCAUGUCAGAGAGUUUGCUCCUAUUUGCUGUUAAUCUUAACGGAAUCUGUCUACGAAUACAGUUCAUUCAAAAUAAUGUUUUAUUAGAAGGGGUUAUGACCUUACCGUCACACUGCAUGCAACCGUUAACAAUUGAAUUAUACGCUUUUUUUUAAGGAACAUGUGGUAGGCUACAUGAUAUUCAGUUCAAAAGGUUCACCGAGACAGCUGUUUCGGACCUCUUUCGCAAAGCCCAUAAUGGUGUUACUCUUUUUUAUUAAAGUUGCAUUGUUUUCUGAGAAGACAAUAAAUACAAUUAGGCUUGCAUUUCAUAGAAAUGUACAUGCGUACUUUUGUGUUUUACAUGGCAGAGAUAACAUUUUGAUAUACUAUUGACCAGUUUAAGCUCUUCAGUGGUGACUGUGCCACUGACCACAAGAAAUCAUUGCCUCGCUGUGUAACUGUAUGUAUGCGUUUCGUCCUCGUUGACAUUUGAUUUAAGAUUUGAAAUGUUUAAGAUUAAGUAUUUUAUAUUUAAAUUGCAAUUAAGAAAUUCGCUUCUAAUAUAAUUUGAGAAAUUAGCCUUUAAAUAUUUCUUUGGAAGUAGGUCGUUUGUUGGGUUGAUACGCUCCAUUAUAAUUAAUAUCUUUGAUGUGCAAAAUAGUUUUUUCCCAGUGUACUUGAAAAGAUUUUUUUCCUUUAAACACAUGGACUUCCGAUAAAUAAAUUGUGUUGAAAUAAUUCAUCUAAUUCUUCAGGGCAAAUUUAUAUGGAAAAAUUUGAUUAGCGAUUUCUUCCAUAAAGACCUAACCUGGGUUUCUGAAGGGAAACAACCUGUGUUCGGUUCACAAAUUUUUAUUCUAUGCUUAAAGCUAUAAAUAUUGAUCCAUUUGAUACUUUUUAAAGAGUACCACACACAUUCCUCAAAUUGUUUUGCUUCAUUUUCUAUACUUUAAAAUCAUUUAUGUAUAAUUAAUUGUGUUAAGUUUAGCCUAUUCAGUUUUGUGGGUUUUUUGUACUGUAAUACUGACUGCCUCUGCUGUGCUUAAGGCUUCUACUUUUAAUUUUAUGCGUGAUUCAAUGUGUGUCAAUUGAUUUUGACCACUUUAUUUCAUCAUGAGGUGAGGUAAAAUAGAAUUGUUAUGUUGUUUAUCAUUCAUUUAGAUCAACAUGAUAUUAAUAAAGCUGAAAAUCUUAA